CUUAGAUACAACGAAGGUUAAAGCGCCUGAAAGAUCCAAGAGACCACACACAAAUUAACUGCUACAUGUACAUUGGGGCACACGUGUAUUGAUAAUUAGCUAUUGGCGUGGGGAACGAAAUUAUCGAUUUGGUCGACAGCAAGGCGUUGUAGUUUGAUGCGAUUUCUAUAAUUUCGAGUGCACGGAGUGUGCGGCAUAAGAUUAAUUUACCUUAAGACGGAUCACAAUACUACUCAGCACCUUCCAAUAUAAAAGGUAGUGUCAGAGCAUUAGAGAAUAAUUUUCACAUCAUACAAAUUAUUGGAAAUAGACGUACAUUAUAAACAAAGUCGCCAAGAUGCAUGCUUCCAUGCUGGUCGUGGUGGGUGCUUUGGCGUCACUAAACGCAGUGGUGGUGAAUGCCGACACAAUUAAAGUUAAAGCAGGCCAACAAAACGUCAACUCUAUCUCCAAAGCUAUUCGCACAGCCCCGGCUGACUCGGUACUUGAAUUAUAUGAGGGUGACUAUUACCAAACAGACAUGUUGGUCAUAGACAAACCUCUGAUGAUACAAGGUGCGGGGAAGGAGCUCACACGCAUCCAUUUAAAUAGUCUCACAGUACCUGUGCUGCUAUAUGCAACCACAUUCAAUUCGGUAUUAACGGACUUCUCCAUCGUAGAUUCACUACCAGAGAACCCCACCACCUGUGCACCGGUUGACACCCUGCCAUCCGAACAGUUAGAGAUAUUCGAUCCUCCUAGCACAGCCUUGUUGGACGGUACGUUGCGAAUCACGGGUACUCUCGGUCAGUGGCCCAACAUGUUCACAGCCACGCAUAUGGGGGUAGGAGACUGUGACUAUGGGGUCGGCAGCGAGCAUUUGAGCCGCCCAUUCUUUGAACUUGUGAGUAAUACUUGCGAGUACAAUUUUGGUAUCAGUGUGCAACGCCAGAGCCUCGAUGCGUGUGGUGUACAGGUUACUCAGGAGGGCAAUGGCACUGUAUCAACGUACGGAGGUGUCGUGCAGAUUAAGACAGUCGCUAUGGUUAACAGCUUGCCCACAACAACAACUCACAUCGGUGUAUUAGAAGCGGAGUUUAGUGAGAAUGGUAACGGUGGUAGUGUUGCCAGCGAGGAUACCCAUGUGCGUGCAGUACUGACUCUCAUAGAACUGGGCGAAGUGAACGAGAACACCUCCUACAUUGAGUUAUCGCUCACUAUGCCCUCUGAAUUCCAUGUGCCAAGCAACGCCACUGGGCCAGUAGAUGCGGCUAUGCGUCUGGAUGACGAGCUCUCUACUACGGCAUGGUUUCCGAUAUCCGAGUGUGCGGCAUUCGAUGGAAGUAGUGAGGAAGGUAGUAACGCCACCUACUGUAGGCAAACAAUCGGAUUUCAAGUAACCGCAUGUGACGUAUCUGCUCACUAUCAUAUCGAUGAGCUGCCCGUGGAGUGCAAAGACGCCGCGGUGUGUGGUGCCGACCCUGGGUACAAGGCGUCGCUGAACUUCGUUGUAGAUGCCACGCAGCUGUGUGCUGCCAGUGAAAGUGCAGAUAUUGAGCUUAAUUUGCCCAUCGAGUCAAUUGUCACGGAAAUGCGGAGCUCGGACUUCGAACACGCACUCGGCGCCACGGGUUUGAUUAUGGGCAAGACAUCCUACUGGAUGAUCGAGAUGGAUACUGGCACAACCGGACUUAUCAUCGAUCAGGCGGAGCUUGUGGCCAUUAGUCGUAAUGUUACUGGCCGUGACUGCACACCGUACGAGUUUUAUAGGAACGUCGGCACUAUCGCGCAGAGAUAUCUGCCCCCUAUCGGCGAGGCCAAGGGCCGCUUGCAGAUCGAGCUGCCUGUGGACCAAGCCAUGGCAUGUGAUGAUGGCUCAGAGGUUCUGGCAGACAGUGACGUGGCCCUCACCUUCACUUAUCUCGUAUCCUACCAAGACUACGUUGUUGAGGAAGGUGCCGAAGAAGCACUAGACGAAGAGUUGUCGGUGGCAGACCGUAGACGCAGUGAACGUUCACGCAGAGAGUCGGGGCAAUUAAGCGCCGAGGCUGUGACGCAUGUCAGGCGUGCGGCUGCCAAGCAGGUAUUCGCCGCACCCAAAAUUCAACUGGUAGGAGAAACACCUGUGAUGUUCGAGAUGGACUCUGCUGAUACGGUGUCUGUGGUUGCGGGUAUGUCGGCCUUACUGUUGAUCGCAGGGUUGACUGGGGCUGGGCUGUGGUAUGGGUUCAAGAAGAUUGCCGAGAAAAGCAAGACUCUCAAGGCUCAGAAGUACGAGAACAUUGGGGAUUACCAGGAUGCUCGCGGUGAUGAGAAUUUCUCGAGUAUGUAUGAGUACAAUAAUGCAUACCAGCGCGAUGGAAACGGUGAGGACAUGACUGAAGUUUUACCGAACCGACCAUCGUUCUUCGAUGGUGGGUCUCAGUACGACUCAAACAGCAGCAGCAAGAACAAGGGUGCUGCUACUUCGUUAUAAGUGGCAUGAAGGUAGAGACGAGAGCGAUGCGAAUGCGUAUUCUCAAAUGUAUAUGCAUAUGACUAUAUCUAAUACGGAAGCAUGUAUAUAUAUAUAUAUAUAUAGUCUCGUAUCUAUAUAUGCUUCACGCAUGCGAUAUGUAUUUAUCGGAAGCUUUCUGAUUUCGGGGCAUAAGGGGAGGAGCGGCGUAUUAUACGCACCAUGAAGAACGGUUAUUUGCAUACGUAAGCAUCUCACUGAUAGGUUUAGCCGUUGUAACCUAUUUGUCGGCGUCUGUGGGUAUGAGUAUCUGUUAUUGAGCUCUGAAGCGCUUGGCUUCAGCUGCCUCGGAGUUCGUAUUCUGCGUGGAGUAUGUCGUCUGUAAGGAUAUCUCAUCCGUGAUUUGUGUUGUCCCGCUGCGACGCAAAUGACAAAGUUCGCGUUGUUCUUAGUCUGUGUAUAUAGUGUAUGGCUGCCUGUAGUAAACCGACUACAGACGACACUCCACAAUGGCUCGUAGAGCAUCUGGUGAUUGUAAAUUUUAAAAAUAAACUAAGUAGAAUAGAGUUUGAACGUUCGAUUCUCAACCAAUG